AAAGCACAGGCGGCUUAGCUACAAUGAUCUGACCCUUGAAAAAAACAUGUUUAUCUAAAUUCAAUCCAUCGGAACUGUCCCGGAAUUGGUGGUGUGGCUGCCCAGAUGACCGAUGAGCAGAAGCUGAAUACCUUUAUGCAGAGGCAUGGUGUGAGGGAGGAGGUGGCCCGCCGGUACUUGAGUGCCAACAACUGGGCCCUGGAUUUGGCGAGCAACAUCUAUGAGUCGGAUAAGGCUGCCAAGAAGGACGAAACACCAAAGAGUCCAGAGAAAAGCGAACGGUCAAAGAAGUCGGAUAAAUCGGAGAAGCCAGACCCUUCGAUUGCGGAGAGUAGCCACCGGGAUCUGCAGUCUCUGCGGAGUCAGCACUCGCGCAAACCACCGGAAAGUGAUGGCUACCUAGCCGAGGUUUCGGAAAGCUCUGCCCAUGACGUGGCAAUGAAUAAGCGUGUGGCCAUCGACGACUCCACUCCGGCCCUGACCACCAAUGACAGCGAUCGGAGUCUGCGCGUCUGGGGCCAUGGGGUCCCGCUGGGCAGCGCCCAUCCCAUUAACCCACCACCAGCCCGAGCCACCACGGAGGACUCUGACACGGAACCCACUGACGACGAGCACACCAUGGUCGUUCUGCACCUCUGGUCCGAGGGAUUCUCUCUGGACGACGGUACCCUGCGGCCAUAUGCCGUUCCGGAAAAUGAGCGCUUCCUAAGGGCCGUAUUGCGCGGCGACUUCCCCGAUGAGAUGGUGGACAAUAGGCCCCGGGUCGAGCUGAGUGUCCAGGAUCAUACAAACGAACGUUUCCGCACCCUCUCGCGCAAACAAUUCCUAGGUCCAGGUCGAUCUUUGGUCAAUCCCUCACCAAGAAUAGCCCUGCCCAUACCAGGAUCACAGGUUGCGAUGCAGGCUGUCCAGCUGAACGAACGAGCUGCCAUGACCACGGUGCAGAUGCGACUGGCGGACGGUAGUCGUGUUGCAGGCCGCUUCAACCUCACCCACAAUAUCGCAGACCUGUAUCGAUAUGCCCGAUUGGCCAGGCCCCAGUUUUCCGAUCGCAGCUUCGUCCUGAUGACCUCUUUCCCGCGACAGGAGCUCCAAGAAACGGACACACGCACCCUGGGGCAGGCCAAUCUCUGCAACGUGGUGGUCAUCCAACACCUAAACGAGGAGCAAGGGGAUCCAGUGUCGAGUGAUUCCUCCGAAUAGCUUGUAAAAUAAAUAGUCUGAUAAAGUGGA